GGGCAGUGAUCAAGCUUAAAAGUAUUGCACUCGCUUUACCACUGCUCUCACCCAAAUAGUUCCCUACAUUACACUCUUCCUCUUUUAAAGCGUGGCUUGUUAUGGCAAGUCAAAAACAAUGGAUCUCGCUGUCACAGCUGAGUACAGGUUGAAGAGGAUGAAAAGAGAGGACACAUUGCUGUCGGGGAUAGUAAAAACUAAAUGACAUAACCGCAACAGAGAACUUCUACUUCUUUAUUAAGUUCAGUUGGAUUAGUAAAACAUGCCCUCUGUAGACUUUUAAAUGAACAAGAUGUUGCUAAUGAAUACAACUUGUAACUGGAACAUUUUUUGUGGAGUUUCUACAAUCCACAUUUGACUGGCUCGGCUAUGGGAGUAGAGGGUUCGUUGAGUUUUUGGAACCUUCUCGAGGACUUGAAAAGCAGAUGUGAUUCUUGGCUGGUCUGGGACUGUGUGUUUCUGUGAAAUUCCAGUUGGAUUGUGUCCAGGUUUGCUGCAGCAUUGCUGACAUUCUGGAUUCUUAUGGAGUAAUUCAGUGGACAAUAUGGACUUUGAAACGGAGCAACAAUUGGUCAAAUCAGCUCAGCACUGCAUUAUCAGUGAUACUGCUUUAAUGCCCUGCUAUCUCUAUGUAAAGAGUUGCUCAGUUCUGAAUUAUUUUGACACCGCUAGUCUUAUUAACACUUGCACUCAUGGCAUCUGAGCCUUGCCCCCUGACUGGAGCAGAGAGAGCUAUGUGUAGACUGGUGCACUGUGGACCCCGACCUCAAGCUAUGCUAAGGCCGUUACACUUGGAGCUACAGGUGUAUGUGGACAAAACCCGAACCAAGCAAAAACACAGGAUGGAGGCCUCUUGCUUGGAGUUGGCCUUGGAAGGAGAGCGGCUGUGCAAGGCUGGGGACUUUAAAGGGGGAACAGCGUUUUUUGAGGCAGCCGUACAGGUCGGCACAGAAGACCUGAAGACCCUCAGUGCCAUCUACAGCCAGCUGGGCAAUGCCUACUUCUACCUCAAAGAGUAUGGCAAAGCCCUGGAAUACCACAAACAUGACCUGACUUUGGCCAGAACAAUAGGAGACAGAAUUGGAGAAGGAAAAGCCAGUGGCAACCUUGGUAACACAUUAAAAGUGUUGGGGCGCUUUGAUGAAGCUGUUGUGUGCUGUCAAAGACACCUGGAUAUUUCUCAAGAGCAGGGAGACAAGGUUGGAGAGGCCAGAGCACUGUAUAAUAUAGGGAACGUGUUUCAUGCCAAGGGCAAACAGCAAUUAUGGGGUUGCACCCAGGAACCAGGGGACCUGCCUCCUGAUGUCAGAGACACACUGCAAAGGGCUACUGGCUUUUAUGAGAUGAACUUGUGUUUGGUCAAAGAACUUGGAGACCGAGCUGCUCAGGGGAGGGCCUAUGGGAACCUGGGCAACACCCACUAUCUGCUGGGAAACUUUGUCGAAGCUAUCAAGUUUCACCGCCAGCGAUUAUCCAUAGCCAAAGAAUUUGGGGACAAAGCGGCAGAACGGCGAGCUUACAGUAACCUAGGCAAUGCCCUGAUAUUCUUGGGCCAGUUCAACACAGCCACUGAAUACUACAGGAAAACUUUGCAGCUGUCCAGGCAGCUGAGGGACCAGGUGAUGGAGGCUCAGGCCUGUUAUAGCCUUGGAAACACUUACACUCUUUUGCAGCAGUAUGAGAGGGCCAUAGACUACCACCUGAAACAUCUGUACAUAGCCCAGGAGCUUACUGAUAGAGUUGGAGAGGGCCGUGCCUGCUGGAGUCUGGGAAAUGCAUACGUGUCUUUAGGGAACCACAAACAAGCUUUCCACUAUGCCCGAAAGCACCUGGACAUCUCUAAAGAAAUUGGAGACAGAAAUGGGGAACUGACAGCCAGAAUGAAUGUGGAGCAGCUGAUGGAUGCUCUGGGGGUCAAUGAAAGCGACCUUUCACCCUCCAGUUCAGAGUUUGAGAUGCAAGGAGCAAGGCCCAAAUUCACCAAGAGAAACAGCAUGGACAGUGUCGAAUUGUGGAAGUACUCUUCAGAUAAGAAUGGUGAAAACCAAGACUUGGAAAGUAUACCCAGGAGAUCCAAAAGUCAGCUGUCACAGCCAGGCAAAAGAAAAGGCUAUCCUGACAGCCAGUCAUCAGAUGAAAGGCCGUGGUUGGACUCUCCUGUAGACACUGAUGACAUCACUGUGCAAGUCCCGCCUCCAGUGCCAAAGCUGGGCCGUGACCCCUCCGAUGAAGACUGCUUUUUUGACCUCCUUAGCAAGUUUCAAAGCAGCCGCAUGGAUGACCAGCGCUGCCAUCUUGAUGAGCCACAGAACGGAGACAACGGAGAAGGUGCUGCGAACUCCGUGCCAUCCCUGAACGAGAUGAUAGAUCCUGCAAUUACCACUUCCCCCCAGACCGAGGAGCUGUUUGAUUUGAUUGCUAGCUCCCAGAGCCGCCGUCUAGAUGACCAGCGGGUUAAUGUUGGUAACCUUCCAGGCCUGAGGAUUACCCAUAACAAUCUGGGACACCUGGUGGGUGAGGGAGAUCAUCAAGAACCUAGCGAUGACUUCUUCAACAUGCUUAUCAAGUGCCAGUCCUCUAGGAUUGAUGAUCAGCGGUGUUCCCCACCAGAAGCAGGCCCCCACGCCCCCACAGUGCCUGAUGAAGACUUCUUCAGUCUGAUCCAGAGGGUGCAGGCCAAGCGUAUGGACGAGCAGCGUGUCCAGCUGCCCUCAGACGACCAGGACGACCCUCCGUCCCCUGAUCCAGAGCCACCUGGUGGUUUUUCCAGCUAGGAUUUGGUGAAUAAUGCUGCAUAACCUAAUGUCAAGGAAAAUAAAAGCAAAAGAAAUGAAAUAGGGAUGAGCCAACAUUUAAAGACGGCACUGAAGAGUGAACUAACAAGUUUUUAAUAACAAGACAAAUCCCAUGUGCAAUAGGUGGUGCCCUGUCAAAUGUUGCUCAAUGUGUUAUGUUCUAAAUAUGUGAUAAUAUAAUGGGAAAACAAGCAGAAUUGAAGCUCGGUGGUGUGGAGAAGAAGAAAAUAUGUUUAGAGUAACGUGAAACAAAUAUGAAGUCAGUACUCAAUGUAAUGCCUUAAUCAACAUUUUUUUUCCAGACCCAAGAUUGUAUUCCCUGGUGUCAGAUGUGUUCGGUAGAAGCACAUGAUUGACAUACAGUGUAAUAUGGACAAUUAAUGUGGAGACGUACAGCAUGAGUUGUGGGAAUCGCAUAGACUGUAAAAAUAAUGGACGUAGUAGCAGUGACUUCACCCGUUGGUUUGUGGUCUGCCAUUUUGAAGCCUCUGAUUUGGCAAUUUGACUGUCGCCAUCUUGUUUUUUUUAAAACCAGAUGUGACGAUUUUGGGGCGAGAGAGUGGAGCUGGGGAGGAUGAUGCAGCAGGUGUGCAGGCCUCCGGGUACUUUGUACUUUGAUGAAGUGAAAACGUUCAAAGUUUAAGACAAAAACAUGGACAACACCCAAACCUAGUCCACGUAUAUUUUAAUGUACACAGGGCCAUGCAUAUGCAUAGCUAAGCCUCUGUCCUGAUUGACAGAUCCGUGUGUAGCCACGCCCUAAAGCAUGCUCUGCUUUAUUAUCUAUUUUAAAAUAAAUGGGACCAUAAUUUACAAAAUGAACAUCAUGCUGUAUUGAACAAGAGGUGAAAGUAGCAAUUGAGGCCAUACAUUAAUUAUGAAAAUGUUUACUGACUUAAUAAAUCAAGUGAGAAGUAGGGUAAUUUUCUCAUAGACUUUUAUGCAAUGGUACUUGUUUUUGCAACCAGUGGAGUCACCCCCUGAUGGAAAUUAGAUAGAAUGCAGGUUUAAGGCACUCACUUUUCAGACCCUGAGGCUCCUUCCAUUAUUUUUUCACGGUAUAUGGGGAAUCAAAGAGAUUUAAUGAUGGGAACAAAGUUCAUGAAAACAACAUACGACAUGACGAUUUGCACUGAAAUCCUUACAGUUUUAUAAAAAAAAAUUAUAUAUAUAUAUAUAUAUAUAUAUAUAUAUAUAUUGCUCAUGGAGAACUGGUGUUAUUUGUGCAGUAUCAGUAUUAGGAAUCAUCAUCCAGUGUUAAACAAACUGCUUCUGUCAGUGACAACUUUCCACUGAUUGAUCACCAUUAAUUAUUUUCUGACUUCAACAAAGUAAUAUGAUUUAUUUAAACUGACAGACUAAAAUAGGACUUUCCACAUAAAUGUUAUUUAUUUGCAUUUAUGCGUUUAUAAAAAUGCAUCUCCUUAAACCGUAUGCAGUAACCAAGGUUACUGAGCAAACAAUAUGAAAUGGCUGCUUUUUUUUUUAUAGAUUAUCAGAGAUGUGUGAUAAUUCAAGCUCCAAUGAAAUGUUGCUGCUUAGCUUUUAAAAGUAAUGCUAUCUGCUGCCCAUAAUCUUCAGAACCUCUGAUAACAGACUACUGCUUACUGCCAUUAUUAUUAUUAUUAUUAUUAUUAUUGUUAUUAUAUUAUUACUUAACAUAAAAAUAUAAACCGAUGGAUGAGAUGGAUGUGUCAUAUUUUGAAGAAUUUAAUACCAUCACCAAAGCACAAGAUUGAGGUUGUGCUGCCGGUGUGCUUACCUCCUGUGGUCAAAACCUGGUAUUACCCAUGGGAAAUCAGACUACAAUCAAUUGGGGAUAAAAGGCAUUCCCUACUCUUGAAAAUCUGUAGGACAACAUUAUAAUAUUAAUAUUUUGUGAUACAAUAUGAUGAUUCUGAGAUCUUUCCUCUGGUUUCAGUAACGUAAACCAUAAAUGUGGAGAUUUUUGCAAAUCAUUUCAUAAAGGUUAUAUUGUAUCAUUUUAGUUCACUCUUCAUUUCUAUCAAUGUGUUGCCAUGAAAUGUCCAAAAUCAGCAAGAGAGAUACAAACCGCAGCUAUGAGUUUGAAAACCUUUUGCUGUACAGAGCAUCUGUAUAAUGGUACUGUACAAUAAAUAUUUGACUUUACCUAUGGGCUUGCUUUCUAUUCAAAAGUAGUGCAUACCUCAUUUUUGUACCUUAAAGCUCAUGGACCUUGGCAAUUUCUGAACGAGGAUGGAUCAUGUACCAAGUUCAUCGUGGUUAUGUUUGAUUCAUCUGUUUUUGAUAAACAACACAUUGGGAGUUAACGUUAAUAUUUCCUUUUUCUGUUUUUUUGUUGUUGUGAAUUAACAUUUUUAGAAAGCACCUGGUACGCUUCUAUUUGUCUUUGCCAUAAUUUGUAUAUAUAAAUAUAUUUUGUAUUUAUGUUCCUUUUGAGGACAUGAAUAUGUCCCCUCAUGCUUUUAAUAAAAUGUUUCAGCUGUU